UUGAUUUUCGAGGAAAAUUUCGUUGUUAACCGUGAAGAUUUUCAACGUAAAAACCAAAAAACCAAAAAAACAAACGACCAAAAAUGGAUUGGUUCGAAUUGAAUUCACAUCUUCGAUUAUUACGACAACAACAACAACAUUCGAUUCCACAGCGUUCGUCAUUUUUGAACAACCCAUCUUCGCAAUUACCAUCAACAACAACAUCGACAUCGAAAAUACCGACAAACAUCGGUAAUUCACAAUUUGUCAUCACUGGCCGUCGAUUAGAAACAUUAAAAUCCUUACGAAAAUUAUUGAAAAAAUUUCCAAAUCGUCUUAAUCGUUCAACAAUAAUAACAAUAUUUGAUUGUUUAAAAUCGAUUAUCGUUGAUUUGACUGCGAUUUAUUUCAAUCUUGAUUCCGCUCAUCAACCGAAUCAUCGAAACAACCAUCCGAAUGGUAGCUUUAUUCCACAUCCAAUGGUUCGAUGUAAUUCGAUGGCACAGAUUCCAUCAUCAACGACGAUGACCACGACGACGACGGCGAGCAAAACUCAAUCACCAUCAAUGUUACGAAAAACAUUAUCCACUGAUAAUGUUUUCAUACAAUCAAUUCGUCGUAAUGAAUUACUUGAAUCAAUACAGAUUAUUAUCGAUCUAAUAUCGAUGAAAUCUAUUCCAUCAGUGAAUCAAUCAGAUAAUCAAUCAAUCAGCAAUAAUCAACAAAUGGCAGCUGAUCAUCAGGAUGUUGAUGGCUGUCAAGAAGAUUAUUUUGGUCGAAUGUUUCUACCGGAAAUUAUCACUUUAUUGGGACACGAAUCAUCGGAUGUACAGCGAAUUUCAAUACGUUUUUUACAAUCAAACAUUUUACGUACGGAAAAUCUUCAACGUACAAUGCAAACAUUUAUUGAUUAUGGUUUACAAUCGAAGAUAAUUGCCACCAAAUUCGGUUCAUUAAAUGCAUUACCACAUUUAUUUAUACGACAGGAAUUUCGUUCGGAAAAUCUUGGACCAUUAAUCUCAUGUUUAGGUCGAAUGUUAGUUCGUACACAAACCGAACAACCACACAUUUUCUAUCCAACAUAUAUUUCAUUAGAACGUUUAAAUUCAUUGAUUGGUUCGAAACGUUUUUAUCAAUAUCUAUUCAAUUGUGGUUCGAACGAUAAUGGUGAAACGGAUAUAUCGAAAAAAGCCGUAACAAUUUAUGAAACUGUACAGAAGAGGGCACCAUCACCGCAUGUUUAUAUUUCAAAUUUUGGAAUGCAUACUUUUGUUGAUCCAUCAACAACAACAAAUGGAACAACAAAUGGAGCGAGCAAUCAACAAAGACGUGGAUCAAAACAACAACAACGAAAAUAUUCAAAUGAUUCGAACAAAACAAUCGUUGGUGAUGGUAAACGAGGAGAAAAAGAAAAGAAGAAUAAAUCAGGACAAGGACAAAUUCAAUCAUCGAAUCAUCAUAAUCGUUCGAAAUCAAUAUCAUCGAUAAAAAAUACAAAUUUCGAUAAACAACAACAAAAACAUCAUCAUCGUCGUCAAAGUAUGUCAAAUUUUCACCAAACCGAUCAAUUAUCAACAAUGGUAGAAGAAAAUGAUCGAAUUGAAGAAGAAGAACCGGAAAAAGAAAUUUUAAUGAUGUUAAAUGGUGGUGGUGGUAUGGGUGUUAAUAGUAGUGGUCAAUGGACUAAUGUUGAUGCUACUACUUCCACUAUGAAUAAUGAUGAUGAUUGGUCUGAUGAUGAUGAUAAAUCGAAUGAAAAACAGGCAACCAAUGUUGUUGAUGAAGAAUUAGAUCAUCAAGGUGGUACAUUUAUCGAAUGGAAUAUCUAA